AUGUCCAGCAGAAAAGCCAGAGUCGUGGCUCUUGCGGUGUUUGCCGUGCUCAUGAUCCUCGCACUCCACCACACAACGCGUAGCAGAAUUCCCACAAAUUUGGAUACCGAGAAAAAAGCUCAAACGUUACUUACGUCAAAUAGUCUCAUUGACUCCAACAACGACGACAAGGUAGACGCGGCUAUAAACCACCAAAUUUCGCAGUUGGGCACCGAGGAUGAAGCCAAGCCGGAAACCAAGCCGGAAGCAGCGGAAACUGGCGAGUUUGAUCCAGCCAAAGAACUUGUGACAAUUCGAGCACUUAGCCCAGUGGUGAUUUUUUCAAAGACAACUUGUCCAUUUUCCAAAAGACUCAAAGCUUUACUUCAUGACAACUACCAGAUCACUCCCCAGCCUGCUAUUGUGGAAUUGGACCGUCAUACCCAUGGUGCUGAGCUCCAAAAGUACCUUGCUGAAGUCAGCGGACGCAGGACCGUCCCAAAUGUGUUGGUAGGAAAGUCGUCCAAGAGCCGAGGAGGAAGCGACGACAUGAUGGCGCUUCAUGAAAGCGGCGAGUUGGUGCUGCUGUUGAUCGAAUGGGGAGAGAAACUGGUGGAUGUGAAGCAGGUGGAGGCGCCGUCUAAUGUGUGA